GGACGCGCGUCAGUCACGGGCCCGGGCGCCGGCCGCCCCCGCCUGGCCGACCCGGCUGACCCCGCCAGCGACCACCCCAACACCUGGGAAGGUCACUGAUCAGGGACGGCGAUGCGCCUGUUCGGCCGGCGGGGCCCAGACUCGGCCCCCCAGCUGGUCAGCCUGGCGCCGCUCGAGCGGGACGGGGGUGUGCUCGCCAACGCUACCGCCCCGCCCACCUUCGCCAAGGCGACCGCCGCCCGCCUUCCAGCGGGCGACCAACGGCGCAAAGACCCGCCGACAUGGAGUCGCCGCGUGGGUCACCGUCUCUCCCGGCUGACACGCUCGCUCAGCACGGAGCAGAUCAGCGCGCCCCCUGCCGGCCGCCGCCGCUGGGUGCUCUCCGAGGACUCCGACGAGCUGUCCACGCCCGCCGACAGAGGCGCCACCGUCGAGCGCGGUGGCGCCGGGCGCGCCCCGCCGCGACGCACGGAAGACCGACCAACCUGUGCCACGGCCGGCCUAUGCACAGCCAGGGGAGCGACCCACACCGGCGCGAGGCCCGCCAGUGCCGUCAAGCGCAGUGUCAGUCUGUACAGGAGCGCUUCGGCCAGUCAGCUGCACGUGCCACAGUUGGACUCCCUGGAGAGCUCGUCACCGGCCUCAUUCGGAGAAUUCAGUGUUUGGAGUCCCGCAACUCAACUUGACAGUGCAGGGAGCUGCUCAGAAGUCAGAAACACAACCGGGAGCAAAGUUGUUCGCGAGGAGACCAGAGCAACCAAGCAGCGUUUGCCUUCAUUGCCUGAGGAAAGUGAAGGCGACGUGAGAAGGAAGCGCAAGGUACCAGUUAGGGAGCCACGGCCAAAAAACAACGAGGCUGUUCUAAAAGAUUCGAAAACUCUAAGCCGUCUUCCUCAGGCCCACAAGAUCAAAACAAGCAAGAACUCGUUAGAUAAUGACAGCAGGUCCAGUGCUAAAACGACCCGCCAAACGCCUCUUGAGACGAAAAACUAUCGUCCCACUGCCGCGACCCUCGCACACGAGGACGACGAUCCAUCUCAAUGUACCUGGAAACCCCCGCUAAGCCACGGCUGCUCAAACGAGAGUGGCUACGACAGUGAUGGAGCGAGGCCUAUGGAGGAUUCCCCGGCCGGAGGCAGUUCAGCUGGCGCAUGGAAGCCGCGUUCUACAAGCUCCUCUUCUGGGAACGGCCUCCGCCCGCUCGUCGGCACCGCCUCUGCUAAACGACGUGAUCCAGCUUCUGCUGGCGAUCCGUACCGCCCACCUGCCAUCUUCCCUCGAUUGGGGAGAGGCGGCGUAACCCAUGGGUCGGAAGGCGACGAAUCAGACGCCUCUGAGCUACCCUUUGCCUCUCAAAACAAUGAUACUAUUCUCCGGCAGCCCAAGGCGACGAAGGAAAUGGCUGCACGUGAUCUCCCACAUCCAACCAAAACAGAUCACCAGAAGGCCACCAGAAGCAGGCAAGAUCUGCACCGACAGCAGCCGACGAAGCCACAACGAACGUCCCUCAUUCCAAAGGAAGGGAACGAAAUGUCGACACAGACUUCUCUGCCGUGGGAUGCCAACGUGUUUGACGAAGCUUCUCCAGACAGAGAAUGUCUGAGUCUGGAGCCGAAUGCUGGUAAAACCAUGGGAGGUCGGAAAGGUGGCAUACUACGCAGGGGUCACAGCCCAUACCACCAUGGGACUGCCAGAGGUCGCAGUCCUCACUACAGGGACGACACCAAGGGCCGCAGUCCUCAUCACACAGACACCAACAGGGGCCGCAGUCCUCAUCACACAGACACCAACAGGGGCCACAGUCCGUACUUCUCAGAAACCACGAGAAGACACAGUGUGCAUCAUCAAGACGCAGGCCGGGGACGCAUUCCUCAUUUAUCCGAUGCAGCCAGAAGUCACAAUCCUUUUCAUUCGGACAACCUGCGAGGCCACAGUCCCUACAACCAAGAUUCCAACAGAGGAUGCAGCCCCCAGUAUGCUGAAGCCAGCCGAGGACACAGUCCAUACAAUCAGGAUAACACCAAGGUUCGCGGUCCGCCUCACAAGGACGCCAACGCCGGCCAGCACACCGGCCGCCGAGCGGGAGCGACAGUCAGCGACUCCUCUUCAGGUUCCACUCCGGAUCCCCCGGCCGGGGCUGCGGUUGGCGCGCUGAGGCAGGCGGUGUCCCGGGCCCCGAGGAGAGCGUGGGAGCGAGAGGAGCCGCGCCAGGCUCUCAGCGGACCGCGCUCUGCCUGCGCCGAGGAGCGGAGCGGCAGCAGUCGCUCGCCCACCCCCACGUCAGCGAGCGACGGCCACCGCAGGCGGGACAAGCCGCCGUCUCGGCUGCAGGAGACCGGAGCCAGGCGGGGCAAGGUGGCAUCGCCACAGCCCGACGUUGGCCACAGGCAAGACAAGCUGACCACAUUGAAGCACGACUUCGGCAUCCGUCGCAGCAAGCUGUCGUCGCUGCCACACGGCGUCGGCAGCAGACAGGGGAGCCGGCUUUCUCUGCCGCAUGACGCUGGCAAACAGAGUAAGGCGUCGUCCAUGCAGCCUGGCGAUGACGUCGGAGAGGGAAGACUGUUGUCUGCGCAACAUGACCUCGGAAGCAAGCACAGCAGGCUUUCACCUCAACCUCACGGAGUUGCUGGCAAACAGAACAAGCUGUCGACCAAGAGGUUGAUUGAUAGCAGCCGGCAGCCCAAACUGUCGCCAGCGCAGUCUGAUAUCAGCAACAAACAGUUCAAGCUGCUUAGGAUUAGAAAGACAAGAGCAGACUCCCUUGGCAUCUCCAUUGCAAUCAACGCCGACCGAGAUUAUUUCAUCGCCGAGAUGGAGAACCGUGGAGCGUUGCACAGGGACGGGCGCUUCAAGGUGGGCGACGAGAUAGUGAACGUGAACGGCCGCCGGCUGCGCGGCUGUGCCCUCGAGACGGUGCUGGACAUCCUGCGCGACCCUUCGCCCGAGCUGGACAUCGUCAUAGCCCGGGACUUCAACCCGGACCGGCUGAGCCAGCAGCAGGCCGGCCAGCACGUGGUGGUCAUCUCUGUGCCGGACAGCAGCGGAGCGGCGACGGCACGAGACGACGCCGAUGACCCGGACGACUCGCUCGACUACCCGGCAAUUGGCUCCGAGUUGUGUGACGCCUCCGAAACAGAGGAGCACCAGCGGCCAGAGUCGGUGCUCUCCGGUGUCUCCAGUGCUCAGCCGUCCUCCCCAGUGAGAGGGCUACUGCGCAGGCGCCAUGAUCCGAAGUCGGGCACCAAGUCAUCCGGGUUAGGAACCCUGCGCCGGCCCAAGUCGCUGGCCACUUCCCUGCUGACGCUGACUUUUGAAAAAGGAGCUGGAAAGAAGAGCCUUGGCUUCAGCAUCGUGGGCGGACGAGAUUCUCCAAAAGGCAGCAUAGGAAUAUUUGUCAAGACGGUGUUUCAGAAUGGUCAAGCAGCUGGUAAACUCAUAGAAGGCGAUGAAGUGCUGACUCUCAACGGAGAGAGCAUGCAGGGACUCCUUCACAGCGAGGCUGUGACCCUGUUCAAGUCGGUCCGGUCGGGUCAGGUCACGCUCGAGGUGGCUCGCAGAGAAGGCACGGCAAGUUCCAGGCAAUUGAUGUCGAAGUCCUGUGAUAAUCUUCUGAGGGUCCAAGAAUGAUCCACCGCUGUCAACAUUCUACGGCACCCUUCACUUCGUGAGCUUUGGUAGCCAGCUAUCCGCGGGCCGAGGAGCCGGCUCUUCAGGCGAUUCCCCGGUAGCUGGCAGCUGAGCAUCCGCUCCUGUCCGCGGGUCGAGGAGCCGGCUCGUCAGACUAUUCCCCGGUAGCUGGCAGCUGGGCGCCCGCUCCUGUCCGCGGGCUGAAGAGCCGGCUCUCCAGACUGUUCCCCGGUGGCUGGCAGCUGGG